AGUUCUUUGCAGCCCGAAGCUGCAACCCGACAGGUUUGCUGUUGCCAAGCAACAGUAGUUUCCGUCUCUGAGGUCAGGGGCCAAUGCCCCUGACGCAAAGUCUUCUGGGGCUUGUAGUUCCAGUUCAGGGUGUAGCUGAGCUGUUGCCAGUUGACCUUCCCACCCGGGCUCUCGCCUCCGGACCAGUCUCCCGGGUACACCAGCGCAGCCCCUCAGAGCCUGUCUCCGACCCCCACUCCCCAGCAACGGUCGAGGAUGUGCUGACUCCGAGCAGCCAUGGCCUCUGCAGGGACCGAGAGGCGACCAGGUGCCCAAGAAGGGACAGCGGAGGGGACUGCACGGCUUUUGGAGGUGCUCGGUGGCCAUGCUCAGAGCUCUGAGUGUCCAGUGAUGGGAAACCAGGGCCUGGUGUCAGCCCAUGAGGCCUGCGGGACCCAGGGUGAAGACAAGUGUCCAGCAGGACCAGUCUCAGAGCCAGAGCUCCAGGAGGAACAAGUCAAGCUGGAGGAAGAGCGGCUGAAGCCAGAGGUUGAAGCACUAGAGGAGAGAGGCUCCAGGCCUAUGGCCACCAUUGUGAGGUCCAGUCAUGGUCCCAAGAGGAAGCCAGUCAACCUCCUAUCCCCCAGCCUCCCAGGGCCUAGCCACCAAGCCCAUCCUAGGGCUGAAGCUGAGCUGCCCCAGGGGCUGCCGCUGCAGAGGGAGGACCUGGAGGGUAGCCAGAAUGAGCCCUCACAGUCUGCAAAACAGCACAAAAAAGCCAAGAAACGCAAGAGUCUGGGGACCUCCUUGCUCCCAGCUGUGGCCAGCACAGUGUCUGCACCCUCAGAGCCCUUGGCACUGGAGCGAAAGGCCCAGCGCCUAUGGCCCCUGUACCAGUACAUCAACUAUUGCAACCCUGAGCUGAACGAGGCAGGGGAAGGGGAUAGGGAAGCUGAAGCUGAGGUGGAACCUGAGUCUGAGCUGACCCUGGUCCCCGAGGAGGCAUGUGUGGAACAACUGCCAGCCUUGCUGCCGGUGGCAGGUGAGCUGGGCUCAGGCCUCACUUUGCCCUGCCCCAAUAUGUUCAUGUCUCCCACCCAUGCUCUGGUUCCCCUUGGAGAGGAGGCUGGAGAGGAGCCUGGGGGUUUGCCCAGCUUGGGGGUCAGUGGCCUCCUCAAGACUGAGAUGGAUAAGUCAACUCAGGUGGACAUCAACAAGAUGUUAAGUGUCUGUGCUGCCCCACUUGUACCCCCACUCUCUCCUCAGUACAAGUGACUGUCCCAUCCCAAGGGUGGCUCAUCUCCCAAGCCUGAACCAGAGCAGCAGACUGGGCUUCAGCCCUCAGGUGGAAGGGGAAAUUCUGCCCCUGUCCCCACUUGGGACCUUGGACAUGUCGAAAAUAAAUGUUUUUCCUUUUCUCAGAUUUUGACUCCCCAAAUAAGAUGCCUGAAGAGGGAGAGCCUGGGGAGGGUGGAGGAUUCCCCAGUGCAGGGUUUGAAACCUGGCUGGUUAUCUGAAUCACCCAAGAGCCUGACAAAAGUAGAUUCCUGGGUACUACCUCAGAUCUAACUGAAUCAAUCUUCAGGGGUAGGACCUGGUUCUGUGCAUUUAAAGGCUCCUCAAAUAAACAUGAAGAUCAGACAGGAUAGUGGUGAGGAUGGAGAGGGAGGUGAUGAGGAACUUGGGGCAGGGAAAGGAAAGCGACUGUCCGGUCAUGGGAAGCAGGUGAUUGGCCUUGCUUCCUGUCCCCCAGGGAAGGGACUUGCAUUUGAUCUGACCUUGAGGGGACCAACACUUGGGAUAUUCCCUUUGAGAUGGGAGAGUUCAUUUGCCUGCCCCAAGACUGGCAGCUUUGGGAGGCUUUAUUGUUAGACCACAGCUGGACCAGACUUUGCCCCCAGAAUGGCACUUGGUGACAGAGUCAGUGCUUCCUGGAAGGCAGAGGAUGGUGGUGGUGGAGGCAAAUGGUCUCCCUGGGGCCCUGUGGCCAAGCCACCAGAUGACUUCUGCUUCUCACCCUCAGGGCU